AGGACACCUCAGCUACCGUUACAGGACUGCUGCCUGGGGUUCAGUACAGGAUCACGCUUGUAGCCAUCGGAUUGCACGGAGAGAGUGCUGGGGUCACCAUCAUAGCAUCGACGGAGACCGGACGUGGAUCUCUGACGUGCGACACGUCCUACAUGCGCGUGGUGUUCAUGAGGGAGGUGCUCGUCGGCGUCGACGUGGACACUGUGCGCCUGCGUGACUCCAGCUGCCGUGCAGACGUCAACAGUACGCACGUGACGCUGACGGCACCGCUGAACGGAUGUGGGACCACGGCUCAAGACGGGACCGACACCUCCAAAAUAUCCUUCACAAACGAGGUGGUGUCCGGCGCUCCUGUGACAGACGGCGUCAUCAUCAGGAACCUGGAGCUGCGCUGGCCCUUCCGAUGUGAUUACGUCCGACAGGACAUCGUCGGCGUGGGACCGAUCCUGUUCCCGAUCCCAUUGCCAAAUGUGACAAUACCGAGUGGGAACGGGUCCUUUACAUUCAGCAUGAACCUGUACCACUCCGAGGCAUUUCUACGGCCGUUUGAACAGAAUGAAUUUCCUGUUAAGGUUACAGUGAACCACAUGUUGCACUUCGGCGUGGCGGUGGCUUCUGAAGUCUCCGGAGUUGUGUUGUUUGUCGAAAACUGCAAGGCGACACCAACCUCCAACCAUGAUGAUGCCAAGCAGUACUUCAUUAUUCGGGAUGGAUGUGAAGAAGAUGAUACACUUGAAGAGUUCGAAACGUCAGACCCGAUCUCCCGUCGAUAUGCCAUCAGGGCUUUCAGGUUCAUCAAUGAAACAAUGGUGUACAUUCACUGUGACGUCAUGGUGUGCCUGGCGGAUAGCCCGGACUCCCGCUGCUCGAGGGGAUGUGAGGCUCGGCCGUCACGGCGCAGGCGCGAGGUGUCGGCAGGGAUGCAGCGGCGGGCAGCCGUGGUGCAGGGGCCGAUCGUCCUCGUUCCUGAGGAAACUACGCCUGCCCCACCUGUGUGUCCAACGGACUGCCACGAACACGCGGUGUGCAGCGGUGCCACAAAAUCCUGCGUCUGUGAGGAAGGUUGGGUCGGCAAUGGUGUCCACUGCGAAGAGAAUGAUUUCGACUGGUGCAGUAUCAUUAGCUGUGACGUCAGUAACAAUCGUCGUUGCAGAAACACUGCAGGAAGUUACGUGUGUGAGUGCAGGCCUGGAUUCGUGGAAUUCAACGGGAGAUGUGAAGUGAGCCAGGUGUAUGAAUUCUCCAUCCGUCUGCAAGCCAGGACGUUUUCUGAAGAUCUAGAGGACAAACAGAGCCAAGCGUUCAUCACCUUGGUAGCCGAGGUCACCCAGACGAUUGAGGAACUCUUCCUCCAGACGGACAUGUCUGGUGUGUUCCUGGGCGUUGUUAUCCUCGGGUUCAGGAGUGGCAGUGUGGUGGUUGACAUGAGGCUUAACGUCCGGGAAUCGGCCCAGGUUGGUCAUGCUCAGAUGACUGCGACGUUCCGUGGUGCUGUGUUGAGUCAGAACGGUACACACCUGACCAUAGACAAGGACUCUGUAGAGCUGGCAGACUUUGACGAGUGCUCGCGUCCGGACAGUCAUGACUGCCCUACUGAGGCUGUCUGUGUGAACACGGCGGGAUCGUUCACCUGUCAAUGUCAGCAGGGGUACACGGAUCAGUCCGCUGCCCGGGCUGAACGCCCCGGAAGGGUCUGCAUCGCCUCCGGAGACGAAUUCCCGGUGAUGUGGGUAGCUGUGGGAGGCGGGACGUUGACAGCCUGCAUUGUUGUCGUCAUGGCAACGUGCCUUUGCAUCCGCAAACGUCGUAAGCAGGGGCGCAAGAGUAAGAGAAGGGAUGAUAUGGAAGAUCAUACAGCAUUCGACAACGUGGCGUAUAGCACCGCAGCGGAAGCGCAGGACAACUCUGCUCCGGUAGUCGGCGCCCCGAUCCCACUUCGCCCGCUAUCAUAUGCAUGAUCUGCUGGAGACAAACAUUCUGAGCUAUUGUGUAUGUUGUGAUCUUUUGUAGGAAACAGUAUUUUCCUUAUUUUUAUCUCAGUGUGACACCAUUUACACCUCCUGGAGGAUCAUUAACCCAUGAUUAAAAACAUGAAUUGUUAAGUGUAAUUUUUGUUUGUUUACUUGGGCUAACAUUAUUUGGUUUAGGACAAGAAUGAAUAUCACUGUAACUACCAACAUGCUUGUGUGGCUCCAAAUACUAGUCGGAUUGUCGGUGCUUUUGAUAUUAUUAACAAAUAUUACUGAUUCAUCGCAAUGUGUGUAUGAGUUAGAGUUCCCGGCUUGAUUUUAAGACUUGAUGCGAUAUUUUUAUUUUGUAUUUUAGACGGCAAAGACAAGGGGCAAGGCAAACAUUAUCCCUAAUGAUAUCAUUUACCUGGGUUUCAAACCUACCAGUCACAUGUAGAGCCAUUAAUUCGUUAUUGAGCAUGGCUAAAUAUGUUAUUUCGAAAACAUAGCGUCAUGAUAUUAAGCAAUACACUUUAUGAUCAUUUUACAGCAGAAACUCCAUAGUACAUAAAAUAGUACUCCAAAGUACGAAAACAUCUGUUGGUUGUCUUGCCGAUUUCAUGUUGUUGUUGAUCAUUCCCUUAUUAGCUUUUUAUGUUCAUGUUUUAUGAUUGAAAGAAUAUGAAAUGAAAACCUCAUUCAUAACAUUUACUUUCUUAGUGAUGGUAUAUAUAUAUAUAGUAUAUCCUGACAGGAUGACAGGAUACCCAUUAUUUAUCACAACGUUCCAACCUUGUCUGCGUUCUACUUUUGUAUACCACCAUGUCCUAAUAAGGAGAGCAAGGACACUUCUCGUCAGGGAGUCAAUUAAGUUUUCUCAAUGAACGAUGAGGCAUGAGA